UCAAAGAUGUUUUAAAAAUUACAGGGCAGUUUUAUUCAGUUUACGUGUAUGAUCGGACGGAUCUGUGAAUUUAUUGCAGUGAUGACAAAAUGUUUACAGUCAUAAGACGUCGAAUCAGUUUCGUAGCAUUACUUUAUUUCAUUCCUUGUGUUGUGUCUUCACACGAAUAUGAAACUUGGCAAAAAUCAUUAUACGUGGCACAAGAACCGUCCGAGGGUUCCGGGAAAUUAUUCGUAAUAAAUAAAUUCGAUACAGUCGGAGAUGGUUCACAUUUUGAAAGAAAAAAACGCGAAGCGCCAACGACCCCGGCGCCGGCUCUUGAGAAAAAUAUAAGUACAUGGACAACACACCUAAAUGACAGUCACCAGCAGUUGAUGGUGCACUGGGUAGGCGAAGGGUCCAAGGUCAUAAUUUGCUUAGCAAGAGACUCUAGUCCAAGGAGUAAUGGAACAUUAUCACCAUCUGCUCUGUUCAUCUCUUACAACUAUGGCCAGACAAUUGUUAAUAAAACAGAGAGCUUCAGGUUGGAUGAUACACCAAAUAGUGGAUAUGCACAGCUCGACAGGUUCUACAAUCAUCCAAAACAUCCAGAAUUUUGUGUUUUUGUUGAUUCAAUCAAUAAGAGAUUGUACUAUACUGAUGAUAAUGGUCAAAAUAUACACAGAUCAGAGCUCACAUUUCAUCCCAGUGAGUUGUUAUUCGAUGAAGAUAAUCCCAAAAGAUUUGUUGUUUUGGAUAAAGUUGGUCGGAACCGUAUGCUGUACAUGACGUUCAAUGGUGGCAAGACAUUCACUCUCAUUCAGAGCUAUGUGAAAACGUUCUUCUGGUCUUCUGGACCUGGUUUUCCAAAGAUGUUCUACUUAGAGCGCUGGGAGCCUAAUCGCAGCAGCACUAUACUCAGUGUCAGUGAUCCUGAGGAUAUGAGCAAUGCUAAAGUCUUGUUCGCCAAUGCCAAGGAGUUCCAGAUCAAAGGAGAUUAUAUGUUUGCUAUGAGGCAAAAAGAUAAUAACACGUUAGACCUUUAUAUUUCGCAUCAACGAGGUCCAUUUUACAAGGCCGAGUUCCAAACUGAACUUGACAGAAGGAAGUUCCACAUAGCGGAUGUGACGGACAAACGUAUAUUUAUCUCUGUCAUGCACACUGAAAACCUUACCAAUUUGUACGUGUCAGAGAUAAGCAACAAUUUCACACAGUACAACUUCGUGCUGAGCUUGGAGCAAGUUCUGUGCUACUUCCCUCAGGGUAAUUGGAAGGAUAGCUGGUUGGAAGACGUAACGGAUGAUGCAUUUACGGACCUGUACCGGGUGGAAGGUCUGAAGGGUAUCUAUAUAGCGUCGAAGGUCAACUCAAAGUCGCUGAUUGCCGACAUCGAACCCGAACACCUCGUCUCCCUCAUCACCUUCGACCACGGAGUCACCUGGUCACCGAUCAAACCACCGGCGGAAGACGAAAAUGGAAAACCUCUUAGCUGUAUCGACACGAAUGACAGCGAGAAAUCUUGUAGUCUACACCUGUGUCAGAAAUUUAGCCAGUUGUAUCCAGUCACGAGCCCUCCUGGAAAUGUGAUAAGCAAUGCUAUGAGAUCCGCAAGUAUAAUGAGUUCUAAAUCAGCGCCGGGCAUUAUAAUGGCGACUGGAGUAGUGGGUCGUUCCUUGAAAGGUAUUCCCGGGGUUUAUUUGAGCCGUGACGCUGGCCUUACUUGGAAGAGAAUCCUCAAAGACUUCUACUUCUUUAAUUACGGUGACCACGGCGGCGUGCUGGUGGCCGUGAAGUACUUCAAAAUGUUGAGUGAAACUAAAGAGAUUCUCUAUUCCACGAAUGAAGGCAUGGAAUGGAAUUCUUACCAAUUUAACGCCAACGAUCUUCGAAUCUACGGCCUCAUGACCGAACCGGGAGAAAAUACAACUGUUUUCACGAUGUUCGGUUCGGCAAACGAACAACAUCAGUGGAUUAUCAUUACCAUAGAUCUUCAGAAAGCUUUCCCACGUAACUGUACAGCAGAUGACUACAAAGAUUGGUCUCCUUCCCCACCGGAUACUACAGCGACUUGUGUGUUGGGAACAAGGGACGUAUUCCAACGUCGGCUCGCUCACACCAAUUGUUACAACGGUAUCGACUACGAUGGACCUAUCAGGAAAGAAGUGUGCGAGUGCGGUAGAAGAGAUUUCGAAUGCGACUUCGGUUUCGUUCUAUCGCGUAAUGUAUGCGUACACAAUAAGACAUCGAAAUACGAUCCGUAUUCGAUUCCACCGUCUUGUCGACCUGGCGACUAUUAUGAACGUACGAAAGGCUACAGAAAGAUCGAUGGCGAUGUUUGCACAACUUCUGGAUACUUGCCGUACACUCCAGAUGUAAUUCCCUGUCCGCUCGAUGAGCCCACUGAAUUUCUAUUAGUUGCGCUGAGAGAUAAAAUCGCUCGCAUCGAUUUAUCGGAUAAUACCACUAUUUUCCCGAUCAAAGACCAACAGAAUAUUGUUGCUAUUGAAUUUGACAUGAAAAAUAAUUGCAUCUACUGGGCUGAUAUCGAAGUGGAUAAAAUCAGUCGACAGUGUUUCGAGACUGGAUUCGUUCAAGAGGUAGUCGUCGACACCGAUCUAGCCAGUAUUGAAGGCAUGGCUCUCGAUUGGAUAUCCAACGUUUUAUUUUUUGUCGACGGCAUGAGAAAGAAAAUUGAAGCGGUACGAACAGAUCUGUCGAGCGAAGGAAGAAUGAGAGUUACCAUUUUAGGCCCCGAUGUAUUAUCUAAACCGCGGGGUAUAGUUGUGCAUCCUAAAGCCGGCUAUCUCUUCUGGACGGAUUGGGAUAGAAACAAUCCUUCAGUCUCUCGAUCUAAUCUCGACGGAUCGCAUAUUGUGAGACUGUUCGAAAAGCCAAUAGUGCAGUGGCCGAAUGGCAUAACUAUAGAUCAAAUGUCCGAGAGAAUAUACUGGGUGGACGCUAUGGAAGAUUACAUAGCGAGUGCAGAUUUGAACGGUCAAUAUUUUAAGAAAAUUUUAGUGAACGAUGAAAAAGUAUCGCAUCCAUUCGCGGUCGCCGUGUUAAAGGAUAAGAUGUACUGGGACGAUUGGAAAGCCAAGUCGAUAUUUAUAGCCGACAAGGACAAUGGCCAAAACGUUAUCACGAUCAACGGUUCCUUCUCUGGUCUGAUGGGUCUGAAGGUGUUCGCGCACUUCAUCCAGCACGGCAGCAACGCCUGCUCGUACAAAAAUACGAGCUGCGACGCGCUGUGUCUGGGCGGGCCGGGCAACUCGUUCAGCUGUCUCUGCCCCGACGGCUUUGUCAAGUCUCACGGCAAAUGUUUGUGUCCAAACCUCGUCGAGCCUUACGCCAAUCUGACCUGUCCCAAGAAGCCUGGCGCUACCUGCGCUUCGGAUCAAUUCACGUGCAAGAACGACAUGUGUAUAGCCCAGUCGUGGCGCUGCGACGGCAACGACGAUUGCGGCGACGGGUCCGACGAGGCGGGUUGCCUGUGCGCUCCGCCGCGCGUCGCCUGCGACAACGGUAGCUGCUACCUGCCGCAGUGGCGCUGCGACGGCGACAACGAUUGCUCCGAUAUGACUGAUGAGAAAGAUUGCGGCAAACACAACUGCAGUGAGAACGAGUUCCAGUGCGGCAAUGGCAACUGUGUGGAUAAGCGCUGGGUGUGCGACGGCGACAACGACUGCAAGGACGACUCCGAUGAACGAAACUGCACGACUCAAGUAAAGCGUCCGAAUACACAAGUGAACUGCUCAGUGCACAGUUUCGCGUGCAACGACAGCAGCGGCAUGUGCAUCCCCAACUCCUGGGUGUGCGACAACGAGACCGACUGUCCCGGCGGAGAGGACGAGCGCGACGACCGCUGCAGGAACUCAACCUGCGCCCCCUACAUGUUCCGCUGUCCCAGCGGGAAGUGCAUCUACAAGUCGUGGGUAUGUGAUGGUGAAAACGACUGUAGCGAUGUGGAAUCUUCAGAUGAGAAGAAUUGUACGCACAUCGGCCACUCUAAGUUGCUACCUCGACCUACCACAGAGAGUCCAUUCAGCUUCCCGACGAAUAGCUCCUGUUUAGACUGGAUGAUUCAAUGCGACAAUGGCAACUGCUUGCCGUACUGGUGGCGGUGUGAUGGUAUUAACGACUGUGGGGAUAAUUCUGAUGAGGUCGCCUGCGGAGUGCACUUCGUCGAGCCCAAGCCGAUAAACCGAGCUGAUAGUGUGAGACAGAAAUGUGGAAAGACUAGAUUUACUUGUUCUCCUGGUGUGUGCAUCCCAUUGUCGUGGGUGUGCGACUCACAGGAGGAUUGUGUGGACGGAUCCGACGAGCACGGUUGCCGCGGGCGGGCGACCGCGAUCCCCUUCCCGUUGCCGACGUGCGGUGCGCUCGAGACGACCUGUCGCGACGGCGGCUGCGUGCUUACUACUAAGAUCUGCGACGGCGUUCCAGACUGCGCUGACCAUAGUGACGAGACGCAUUGCACUAUGAAGGCAAGCAAACCUUCUGGGGCAUGUCCGGGCGACCAGUUUGAGUGUGACGAGGGUACGAGGUGCGUGUGGCGCGGCGCACUGUGCGACGGCAGACAGGACUGCUACGAUGGCUCCGACGAGACCAACUGCUCCAGCCACGAACACAACUACCAUUACGUUAGCCUGGGUGUGGACCAGUCGUCCAUCAACUCGACCAGUUUCCUGGUGUCGUGUUGGCUGGCGCAGCAGCAGCGCGUGGUGUACAGCUUCCUGCCCUCCAUCGCCAACGUCAGUGAUGGCAUCUGGCGCAACAUGACCUGGACCACUGACAGCGUAUAUCGGUUCACAGGCUUAGAGCCGUACACAAAUUACAAUGUGACGUUCUACAUCAGAGACAGCAAAUCAAAUAAGACUUACCCCUCAAUGAAAUACGUCAAUACUACCACCGGAGAAGGAGUACCGUCACCGCCAUUGCGUGUGAGUGUGCGUCAAAUGAUCGGAAGUCGUGUAAAUGUAAUUUGGGACCCGCCAGCAGCACCGCGAGGUCGUCUGCGACGUUAUACUUUGUACUACGCCCCCCCACUUCCACCAGCACAGAAGGUCGUCUUUGUCACCCACCACGAGCCCGUCAGUCUUACAGUGAGGGGAUACUUCAAGCCUAACACUAAUUAUUCAUUCUGGGUAACGGCAACAAAUAACGCUUACACAUCAAAUUCAUCAGAAGUGAUGUACUUGACAUUCGAUGAAGUAGGUGACGUGGAUGAUCUAAAGAACAUCACUGUGACGAGACUCCCCAACAACUCGGUGUCCGUCAAAUGGGACAAGAUUCGCAGCGUAGACGGAUACCUCGUCAGUAUACAGCUACCUCUUCUCUACUCCAGACUCCAGCCAAUACGCACCAAGGAGAAUAAUGUCACACUGAAAAACCUACCACCUGGUGUGAAAGUCUUCAUCCACGUGAUGGCAUACAAGGGUUCGAUGAUCGGUGAGCCUGUCACCGAGGUGAUAAUCACUGAGGGUGAGCGCGACGAGAUGCUCAACAUGACAGCUAUACUGCUGAAGGAGAAGAGGACUGCCGUACUCCUGACCUGGUCACCACCACUUGCUGAUAGGUACAAAGGCAAGGAGCUGCAGUACCAAGUUAUUUACACUGACGCCGCGCAUUGGAGGAUACCGACUGACUUGAAGGAGGAUCAUGAGAAGAAAAUAAUAACAAAGAAUACGAGCAUAGUUAUAGACGGCUUGCACGCUUGUGAGACUUAUGUGUUCACUGUCAGUCUACUCGGUGGACCCGUUGCCAAGUAUAAGGAGAUUGUCACCAGAGAGAACCCCAAAGCGCCCAUAAAGGAUUUGGAUUAUGAAUACAACAAAGAGAAGUCAGAGCUUAAGAUUAAAUGGCACAUCAAUUGUAAUGCGCUUAGUGAAGCUGUACCUUACAGGCUGGAAAUAACAGAACUGACACACAACAAAGUUAGUCGGUAUGCACUCAACGCGACACGCAACUCAUCUCUAGAGCACGUCAUAGAAAACGUUCCCGUCGGCGGCAGAUUCAAUAUUUGUGUUGCUGCGCACGUAGAAGGUGCAUCAAAGCGUUGUAUUGACGUACGUACGGGAUCGCUGCCGGCGCCCCGCGGACUUGUCGCCUGGCUCGCACCCAAUGGACACCUCGUACUCAACUGGCAACAUGUUGAAGGACCCGACACACCUAAGCACAAGUAUCAGAUCAUAGUAUCAGAGAAGGAGAUCCCAGAGGACCUGGUGCAGCCUGAUGCGGACAUGCGUGUGGAGGAGGCGGAGCGCUCACCGCUGCUGCUGGCCGUGACCGCGCCGUCGCCCGCGCGCCCGCUGUACGUCAGCGUGCGCGCCGUCACUCACGACGGCUACUACAGCGAGCUCAGCGAGGUCAACACUCUAACUAUGGAAGAUUCCGAGGUGGAGGGAAUGGGGAGGGCGAGCGCGGUGUGGUGGGGCUGCGGGGCGGCGGUGCUGGCGGUGGCGGCGCUGGGCGCGGCGCUGCUGUACUCUGCGGUGCGCCAGCGCAGGCUCGCGCGCAACUUCCUGCGUCUCUCCGCGCACACGCCGCGCUACGACAGUCGCCGCGGACAGGCCACCAUUGAGCACGACGACGACGACGUGCCUCCUAUACAAGGGUUCUCGGACGACGAGCCGCUCGUGAUCGCGUGAACCCGCCACCUUGUGAUGUAACGAAAUCUUGUCAUUAUUAGUAUUUUUAUAUUUAUUUAUGUUAAAAUUCUAUGUAGAAAGAUUUGAAUUCACUUUACGUAAUGGUUGUAUGUUUAUAAGUCGACAAAGUUAACUAUGAAAUGACGCGACUGACAAAAAUAAAGCCAUCUGAAUACCAGUACAUCCAAUUUUGGUCACUUUACAGAUAACUUGGCCAUAUUGUAAAAAUUGACAACGAUUAGUUGAUCUAUGACGUCUGCUGUCACUUUAUAAGAACUGAACUGUCAACUUGUUUUGACAGCUUGUCAUUUCGCGAUGACAGUUGGGUUCAUUAUUUAAUUUGAAUAAACAGUUUAUGUUCAAUUAUAACUUGGACACAAAUUGAUCUCUUGUAAAGUGACAACGAGUUAUUUCAAAGUUUUAUCGUCAUUAAUAACUUAUUUUAUAGUUUUUGAACACAAUAGA